UAAUUAUUUGGUACUGUAUUCAGAGUGGUAAAAAAAGUGUAUACAGAAAAAAUUUUUUUCCAGUGUGUUUUUUCAUGUCAGCAAGAAAAUUUCAUUGUUAUUUUUGUUUGUUUCUAAAAAUUAUUACAAAUAGUAGUAUAUCAACAAGAAAAAAGAAGAAUAUUUAUAAACUAAAUAAAAAUUGAGCCAUGAAAUUAUGAAUAAUUCACAAGAUUCAGAAAGAAUGUCAACAUAUUAAUAGAAACAUCAUUGAAAAUUGCAUCUAACUUUCCAUUAAAAAUGCCACGAAAAUAUGUGAGAAAAACUAAUCGAGCUUUUGCUGAUCCAAUGGUUAUGUUAAAAUGUGCCAAAUUGAUUAAAAAAGAUCGUAAAACAGCGAGAAGUGUUGCAAAAGAACAUGGUUUAAAUUAUCGAUCACUUUUAAGAUUUUGUUCAAGACCUAAUAUCAAUGAAUUAAUAAAUGGAGUGGGUACAGAUGGCUAUAUUUGUGGUUAUAAAAAAAAAUCUCAAAUUUUUACUGAUGGAGAAGAAAAAAUAAUGAUAGAUUCCUUAGUGAAAUCAUAUAAUGCUCCUUGUGAUUUAUCACAAAAAAAAAUUAGACAAUUUGCCUAUGAAUUUGCUAUAACAAAAUCAAAAAAAAUUCCCCCCAGUUGGGAGAAUAAUAAACAAGCGGGACCAGAUUGGUUUCUUUAUUUUAUAAAACGACAUUCGGAUUUUGCGUCGCAAAGAAAUUUUUUAUUAUGUCGAGACGGUGCAAUUAAGAAUGAUAAUUCAGUGAAAAAUUGUUUUGAAAUUGAGUAUAUGGAUUUACCAUUCCCUAUAAUUGAUCCAUUGGAAGAUACAUUUGAUGAGUCCGAAGAUGUAAAAAGUGAGAAAACCGAUUUGAAGGAUGAGGAAUUUUUAACUAAUGAUGAUGAAAAAUCAGAUUUUUCUUCACAAUCGUUGAUUGUUGUUAAAACAGAAUUGGAUGAUUCUUUUCUAUCAGAUGGAUUAGAGUCCUCGCAAAGUUCAAAUUCAAAUUCAAAUGAUAAAUCAAUUGCAUAUUUACCUUUUAAAGUGUCAACAAUCAUUUCAGAAAGUGAUUUGAAUGUAAAAGAAGAAUCUACAAUAAAUAAUUUACAUUCUGUAAAAUUACCUACUUCCUGGAGUAUUACCGAAUUACCUGUCAAUGAAGUUUAUCGAUUUUGUUUAUCAUUUAUUGCAAUAACUACCAAGGAUAAUAUUAUUUGUCCAGUUAUAGAAAAAUGCCUAUUAAUUGAUAUAAAAAGACAAUUAUUGUUUAAAGCUCGUAAUGUAACUUUAGAUAAUAAGAAAUUAAAAUUACCAAGAAUUUUAGAUGAUUUGAAAAAAUUACCAACAAUUUUAUUGAAUUUUCAACAUCUUCAUACGUGUAAAGGGUUGAAUAAUAUGGAAUCGUUUCUUCUUCAAGAGUUACCUGUAAUGAAAGAUUGUUUACAAACAUGGCGACAUACGCAAUGUUCGAUGUUAUUGUUGAAAAAUGAACGAUGUGAAUAUUGUAGUCAAUUAUUCCAAACAAUACAGCAAAAAUUAGCAAAAGUAAUAGAUCCAAAAUUUUUCAGUUGAAAAAUAUUUUGUAAAUUAUCUACAUUUAAUAUAAUAUUAAUUUAUAAGAUUUAGAAUAUAUAUUUAAUAUAUAAGAGAAAAAAAAUUACAUUGUAAAAGUAUUGUAUAUUAUUAUAUACAAAUAUAAUAUAAAUAAUUUAGUCAAUUGUGAUAUUAAAUGUUUAAAUAAAUCAUUUGUUUCAAUUA